AUUUGCCAAGAAGUUUCUCUCGGUCUGUACGGUGUAUAAGGAAUUAAGGAUUAUCGAAAUGGUGAUUUCUUGUUCCGCUUUCAAGUGUACGAAGCGAUGGAGUAAGGAAAGUGACUUACCAUUUUACAGGUAAUAGGACUACCGAUACAAUACGACAACAAUACAGACUUAGUGCGUUUGCUAAUUCGAUGUUUUUGAACAGGUUUCCUCUAAAGCACCCAGAGCUGCUAAAGAAGUGGAUUACUUCCGUGAAGCGGAAAGAUUUUAAACCUACGUCUUGCAGUUUUCUUUGCGGAAACCUUUUCCGGCAAGAUGAUUACGUAGUGAGCCCUGGAACGUGGAAGAAACGUCUCAGACACGAAGCAGUGCCAUCAAUUUUUGACUUUCCGACACAUUUGAUGCCACCAAAUAAACAGCCACGACGACAUGUUAGGAUUUUGAGUGACAACGAUGCUUCUCCAUUUGAGCGUUCUGUCCUGGAAUCAGUGCUUGAUUUGCCCUCUGCAGAAGCUACUGAUUGCGUGGAGAAUGUUGUCAAUGAGAAUUCUUCCGUGGAAAGCAUGUCCCAUUUAUCCAAUGCAGAAGCUGCGAAUUGUGUCGAAAUCAGUGCAGUUGGUUCUCAAGUAAUUGAUUGUGGUAUACAGUCGAAAGUAGAAAUGGAAGACAAGGCGACCGAAACUUGCAAUUUUUUCUCAGACAUUCAACCACCACCAACUACAGCAGUGAAACCAUCAAAAACUACAGCAAGAAAAAAACCACUGUCAAUAUCAGAAACAGAAGCACCAUCAUCAGCUGAAACAGCACAGCCCUUACCAGAGAUAGAAAACAGAGCAUCAAGUGAAUCAAGACAAUCCUCAUCAGAUGUGGCAGGAACUACAGAUGCAGCAACAUCAUCUCAAUCAACAGCAGAACCACCAUCAUCAGAGACAACAACAGAGCCACUGUCACAAGUGAUGAUAGCAUCAGCAUUGCCAGAAUCAGGACUAUCAUCAUCACAUGAACAAGCAACAAGGGAAGAAGCAACAACGUCAACAGAAGUAACAACAGCAGAAGAAUCAAUAGGAGCCACUCAUAACAAAAGAAAAACUUCACCACCACGCCAUCUUAAGGAUUUUUUAGUAGAAACUGGGAACAAAAGACCAUUAAGAUAA